GUUGUUAGCGAGGGUGUGCGCCGAGUGAGGAGCUGACGGGAGCAGACUUUCUAGAGGUGGCGGUGCUCCUUUACAACGGCAGCGUGUCACAAUCAUGUAGAAUGGCAGAACCGCCGAGUAUUCCAUUUCGAACCACGGGUUCCAGGUUGUUCCAUCCACUUAGUGUCCGCUUCAAUGUGCCACUGGACCAGGUGAAUUUUGCAGUAUGUCAGUUGUUUGCCCUUUUUGCAGCCUUCUGGUUCCGCCUUUAUCUCAGUCCCAGUCGAGCUGGUGUUGUCAUACGUCAUAUGGUCAUCACUAUGAUUGGCAUAUAUUUUGCUAUCUUCUGUUUUGGAUGGUACUCAUUGCACAUUUUUAUAGAAGUUUCUUUGUGUUACUGCAUUAUGAUAACAGCGAACGUCUCAAACAUUCACAGGUAUUCCUUUGUAGCCGCAAUAGGCUAUCUAACACUGUGUCAAAUUAGCAGAGUAUAUAUCUUUAAUUAUGGACUGUUGGCCACAGAUUUCUCUGGUCCCUUGAUGAUAGUCACUCAGAAAAUUACCAGUCUUGCCUUUCAAAUGCAUGAUGGACUGGGACGUAAAGAGGAAGAACUCACUACUGAACAGCGCCGUCUUGCUGUUAGUUCAAGACCUACUCUACUAGAGUAUUGCAGCUAUCACCUGAAUUUUCUUGGUAUUUUGGCUGGACCUGCCAGUAAUUACAAGGACUAUAUUGCUUUUAUUGAAGGCAACCACAUAGACAUGAAACUAAUAGAAGAACAUUGGAAGCAAAAAGGCUUCAACAAAUUUCCCGAUACUUCCCCAUUGAGAGCUGUAGCAAACAAAAUGGUUAUCACCUUUGUAUGUCUAGUUUGGUUUAUGCUCAUCACGAAGAACUUCCCGAUCUCCUACAAUGUGGAUGACAAGUUUAUAAGUGAAGCCUCGUUCUUCAGGAAACUCUGCUAUCUCUUUCUCUCAGUCCAUGCAUCUAGACCCAAGUACUACUUUGCGUGGACUUUAGCUGAUGCAGUCAAUAAUGCAGGUGGCUUUGGCUUCAAUGGCCUUGAUAAAAAUGGGAACAUACGAUGGGACUUAAUCUCAAACCUAAAUAUCUGGAAUAUUGAGACUGCUACAAGUUUUAAAAUGUGCCUUGACAGUUGGAACAUUCAAACUGGAGCUUGGCUAAAGGGUGUCUGCUAUGAUCGAGCACCUUACUUCCCCACAGCUCUAACCUUCAUCCUUUCAGCCUUGUGGCAUGGCGUAUACCCUGGCUAUUACUUCACUUUCACAACUGCAAUCCUUAUUACUCUGGCAGCAAGAACAAUGAGGAGCAACUUUAGACAUUACUUCCUUUCUUCCAGGAUGAUGAAAACUGUCUAUGAUAUUAUUACUUGGGUUUCUACUCAACUGGCCCUCUGCUAUAUAGUAACACCUUUCCUCCUCCUGGGUGCAGAACCAACAAUCAAAUUCUACAAGUCAAUGUAUUUUCACUUUCACAUUCUGUGUGCCCUCGUGCUGCCAAUUCUGGCAGUCAAGAAGCAGAAGAGUAUUACACAAACAAUUUCUUUGAAGGCCAACUCCUCUAACCCAGCACUCAGUCGCCAGCAGCCCAAGAAAGAACAGUAGUAACGCAGCAUUAAUGAAGUAUUUUGGAUGGGAGAGAUGCAAAAGAAAAACUUAAUGUUGUACGGGUGUGGAAAACAAAACAACCAACAGUUUGUAUCUGGGUGUUCUCAAUCUUGAGCAUUCAUCUGAAGAUUUAAUGAAUGAAAUGGUUUAAUGAAGCACGUUUGUUUACUAUGCUGAGAUCCCUGCAUUGAACAACCACUUUUCCCUGACUCUAAAUGCAGUGCCUGUAGAACAUAGGCUUUGCUGUCACUUGCUAACAUGAGUAUUUUUUCCUCAAAACAGUAUGAUUGUCCCAUGAAUCUUUGGACAUUUUCAAUGUGAAUUGUAUAUGUAUAUAUGUAUAAAUGAUUUGUCAUUUGCUACCAGAGAAUUGUUGGUGAAAUUUUGAUGUUGAGUAAUAAUUAAAGAUAUUUUUGGCUAGAUUGUUGAAAUACUAAUACUGUUGCUUUUACAAUCUAUAGUUAUCUAUUGUUAUUUAAAGCUGAUCAAUCGUUUCUCUUUACGUACUUGCACCCCAGCCAAGUGAUAUUUUUUACCUCCUGCCAGCAAAGCAGUUAUUUGACUGACUGGUUUUCCUAUCCUUAGCAAAUAACUUAACCCCUGGUCACAAAUUCUAAUCUUUGGAUUUGUAACCUGAUAGAGCUCUAAGUGGUUGGUUUGGACUGAUGACAGAUUGUGGAUAAAAAGCUGAAUGUUCUGACAAAGGCAAGCCUCCCAUCUACCGACUAGAGCCCCUUGAAGGAGUAGCAUUUCACUUAUACUUUAGCUAGAUGAAGAACGCACACAUACCAGGAUGGGGAAUGCAUGGGGAAAAUGAUCAUCCAGUACAAUUGCGGUGGCAAAUUAUUUAAUUGAAUUGUAAAGCUGACCCCACAUGGUGAUUGAGGUCACAGUGAAUGAUUCUACAGCUUGUGCUAAAUAUGAAGUAACCAAACUUGCAAUAAUUCAUUUUCAGUUUUAUGUUCGUAAAACUUUUGAUAAAAUCAAAACUGCUUAUAAGUAAAAGCAAUCAGCUUAGU